UUCCUGUGAAAACCUUACCGGCGACGUAAUACUCUGUUCGUAACCCUAGCUCUGUCCUUGGUAGGUGGUAGGUUCCAGCAGAUCGCAGCAGCAGCCAUGCCUUUCCAGCGGUACGUGGAGAUCGGGAGGGUAGCGCUCGUCAACUAUGGGAAGGAGUAUGGGAGGCUUGUUGUUAUCGUCGAUGUCAUCGAUCAGAAUCGAGCCUUAGUUGAUGCUCCUGACAUGGUACGAGGACAAAUGAACUUCAAGAGGCUGUCUCUGACUGAUAUCAAGAUUGACAUCCCCCGAAUUCCCAAGAAGAGCAAACUGAUCGAGGCCAUGGAAGCGGCUGAUGUGAAGAAUAGAUGGGAGAAGAGCUCUUGGGGGAGGAAGCUGAUUGUGCAAAAGAGGAGAGCUGAACUGAAUGAUUUCGAUAGAUUUAAGGUCAUGUUGGCUAAAAUUAAGAGAGGAGAUUCCAUCCGACGUGAGCUUUCAAAGCUAAAGAAGAGUGCUUCAAAGUGAGGUUUUUGAAGAAUCAAUGGCUGAUUCUGUUUCCAUUAUUGCAGCAUCAAGUUGAUCGUCAACCAAGCGUUAGAACAAAUGUAGUUUUGGUCGGUGUUAUGAACUCUGUGGAUUCUUAAAGUUUGAUGUUUUGAUUCUGUACCCGUUUGCUUAUUAUUUGAAUGAAUUUGAGAAUUGGAUUAUGAUUAUUAUUCCACAGUAAAAGUGAUUUGUGAGACUGGUUUUUGUCGA